AGUAAAAUAAAUACAUGUCUCUCUCAUUUUCUUUUCUUUUUUGUUCUUUUUUUUCUUUAGAAUGAGCAGAACUAAUCCUAUUUUACACCUCAAGACUCUCUCUGAUCAGAACCAGAGUACUCUUUUCCUUUAUUUCCUUUUGGAGUUAGGAUAACGAUCUUAGCCUGGAUUCUAUUUGCAGUUGCUUCUGUUCCCGCUUUUGAAACCAACUGUUGAGUCAGUAAUGGUUGCUUGAACAGGUGUACCAAUGGAACAGAGGCUUUGAUAAGGAGUGUGAUACCAUUAAGGAGAUGAAAGGCGUGUCAUGGGGUUUGAUAGUUGGGAUUUCCAUAGGGGUAAUAAUUGGAGCUUUCUUGGCCGUUGCCACUCUUUUCUGCAUUAGGUACCGCAGGAAGCAUUCACAAAUAGGGAAUAGCAGUUCCCGGAGGGCAGCAACCAUCCCUAUGCGUGUUAAUGGUGCUGAUUCUUGUACAAUAUUGUCAGACUCAACAGUUGGUCAGGAAUCACCCAAAGCAUCUGAAGGGAAUAGGUUAUCCUUGUGGCUGGAAGGACAUAAGAGGAAAAAGAAUGUAGUAUCUGUUUCUGGAAUACCCAAGUAUACCUACAAAGAUUUGCAGAAAGCAACUUCUAAUUUUACAACAGCAAUAGGUCAAGGGGCUUUUGGUCCUGUUUACAAAGCUCAGAUGUCAACUGGCGAGACAGUUGCUGUGAAAGUGCUUGCUACUAAUUCCAAGCAAGGGGAAAGGGAAUUCCAAGCAGAAGUUUUGUUACUUGGGAGGUUACAUCACAGAAACCUUGUAAAUUUGGUAGGAUACUGUGCAGAGAAAGGGCAAAAUAUGCUCGUAUAUGUGUAUAUGAGUAAUGGGAGCCUUGCUUCUCAUUUAUAUGAUGAAAAAAAGGAACCAUUAAGCUGGGAUUUGAGGGUUUAUAUAGCUCUAGAUGUGGCAAGGGGUUUGGAGUAUCUUCAUGAUGGGGCUGUUCCACCUGUAGUGCAUCGGGAUAUCAAAUCUUCUAAUAUACUAUUGGAUCAGUCUAUGAGAGCCAGAGUGGCUGAUUUUGGGCUAUCAAGGGAAGAGAUGGUUAAUCCACAUGCAUCUAAUGUUAGGGGAACUUUUGGUUAUGUGGAUCCUGAAUAUAUAUCAACAAGGGCUUUCACCAAGAAAAGUGAUAUAUACAGUUUUGGGGUCUUGCUUUUUGAACUUAUCGCAGGCAGGAAUCCUCAACAGGGUCUUCUGGAAUACGUUGAGCUCGCGACAAUGAAUACAGAGGGUGGAGUUGGGUGGGAGGAGAUAGUUGAUUCCCGCCUUGAUGGGAAAUUUGAUGUGCGGGAACUCAAUGAUGUUGCAGCUCUUGCAUACAAAUGUAUCAACCGUGUAUCCAGGAAACGACCUUCCAUCAGGGAUGUCGUGCAGGCACUGUCACGGAUCCUGAAGUUGAGACACAGUAGAAACCAUCACAAACGGGCCACAUCUGCCACGGCAGAGGAAGUAUCAAUUGAUGUGGACCGAUCAGAGGCUCAGACUCCAAGCACAGAUCAUCGGAGAGGAGAAUCUAUUGACAGUUUCGUUGACCCUUCUGAAGUCUGACUGGUGAUUCUUCCCUUUUUUUCUUUGCUUUUUAUUCCUUAUUUUUUGUUUCAAUUUUUGGCUGUGAUAUAUUUCCAAUACAGUCGUAGAGAAACUGAGAAGGAAAAAUCUUUGUUAGUUUUGUGGCCGAGUUAGGACUCAAUUCGAUCUCUAACUCGCUCUGAUCCCCUUGUAACAUAAUUCCUUUUUGUAUAUUACUGAUGUCUUGAGAAAAGGAUAAAAGGAGAAGAUUUGGUUUUGUGGUUUUUGAUUGUAAUUGUAAACAAUUUCUUUUACAUUUUA